CAAAACAUAUGUUAUCGAGAUAAGUUUACGAAAACAACGUGGCAAUGUAUUCUCUUCAGGCAUUUUCUGGGACACCCGCGCGACUUUCGUCAGGCUGUUGAAGGACCCCGAGAUGGCCAUGCUCGCCGCACCCCGGAAGAAAGUGAAGUGGUCUGUGGACCCAAGGAACACCAGCUGGAGUAAUGAUGAAUCCAAAUUCGGCCAUAAGAUGAUGGAGCGAAUGGGCUGGUCCAAGGGGAAGGGCCUUGGCAGAAGCGAGCAAGGUUCCACUGAAAAUAUCAAAGUUAAAGUUAAAAACGACAAUUAUGGUCUUGGAACAAUGGCCAGCUAUGAGGACAACUGGAUCGCACACCAGGAUGACUUCAACGAGCUUCUGGCUCAACUGAACAACUGCCACGGACAAAACGGCAGCGCCGCAUCUAUAGAAACUCCACCAGUAGAGGAAGCGAAAGGGUUCAGCUUGGAAGAGAAGUCCAAGACCUCCAAAAAGCGGGUCCAUUACAUGAAGUUCACUAAAGGAAAAGACCUGUCCUCCCGUAGUGAAACAGACCUUAACUGCAUCUUUGGGAAAAGAGGAAAAGCUGCCAAAUCACAAGAGCAGCAGAGCGACGGCGGCGGUCCUCCGGAUGAGACGGAGCCGACUUGUCCUCCCGCCGCCUUCGAGCUGGACGCAGAGUCCAUCACCAAGACGGUGAAAAGUGCCCUCACUAUGCAGGAGUAUUUUGCGCGACGAAUGGCGGACUUGAAAAGGGCUAGUGAAGAGGCGCCGUCAACGGAGACCAACGAGACAUCCGGUCCAACCAACGAACCCGUCAUCGUCAUCGACGACGGCGGCGGCGAGCCCAAAAAGAAGAAGAAGAAGAAGAAGAAAAAUAAGAACAAGCGUCAAGAGUCUGAAGACCUGGAGGUGGUGGAAGAGAACAGCACUGCCGUUCCUGUCAUCUUAAUAGAGGACGAUGAGGACGAACGGGGGGACAGUUCUGGUAAAAAGAAGAAAAAGAGGAAAGUGAAUGAGAACUGUGGCGCCCCCUCUGGCGGGGAGCAGAACUGUGAGGCGCUGCCUCCUUCCAAGAAGAAGAAGAAGCAGCAGCAGCACGAGGGAACUGAGCUGCUGAAUGGACACGGGCCCACUGAUGAUCACGCCGUAGACUCUGAGGUCGUUGACAAGAAGAAACCCAUCGAGAAGCCGGGCGAUGAAAUAAAAGAGGAAGAGCUGGUAGCAAAGAAAUCCAAAAAGGACAAGAAAAAGAAAAAGAAACAUCAAUAGGGGGGAAUCAAUAGAAUUGUCCUCCAAUGCCUUCAGGUUUCUUGUAAACAUCGUGGGGACACGGACUAAUUGUCCUACGCUCCGAUACAAUCGUAUUACCUGUGGAACACUUGACGCUGCCCCGUAAAAAAACCCCACAUGAUUGGGUCUGUUGCUAAAAUGCCUAGACUUAAGGAAGAAGUUAGAUAUUUUAGGUAAUAGCUCAUUGCCUUCCUCGUUCCCCCCCCCUCCCCCUCCCUCUCUGUCACAGGUGGAGAGACAUGAGUUAUUGAGGAAACCGCGCUGAAGAGGAAUAGUGUUCCUUCAGUCGCGCAGUGGGUAGCGUGAUGAUCUGAUCAGCUAAAAUGUUUCCUUUUGACUUGACAGAGGACCUUUUCAACGAGCCAGUCGGUUGGUAACUUAAGUCGUAGGAGGAAAACGGGAACUGGUGCAGUCGCGCAAAACAGCAUUCCUCAUCACCAUUUUGACAUUUGCCCCAUGACGUAAAACAAUAAACGCUACUAUCACUGUUUUUUAAAUUUUUUUUAUGUCUUAUGAGAUACGGUUCAUUACAAAACCUCAUCAGGGUGACGUAUUAAUAUAAAGCAUAUUUCCUCAACCGUCAUGUACUCACAUUUGUACUUAAUGUAACCGCUGGUUUUCUAUGAUGCAGAUGUCUAAUAAAAGUGACACAGGUUCAGCCCCA